GCCCGGGCAUCUCAUCGAGAAUCUUUUGUUUACUUCAAUCUCAUUGCAAUAACCCAUAAAGUCUUCAAAGUCUUCCCUCGAAAUGGCAAAGAAGAACAGCAACAGCGGUAAGAAGGAGGCAGCUGCUCCUCCGCCGAGCUCCAAGAAAAAGGGAAAGGGCAAAGCAGAUGACCUCAAGAAGGAUUCAAAUGGUUCUAAGCAUCCGGAGUCUUCAACUCCUGUGAAUCCAAUGAAGCGCCCAUCAAGUGGUAAAACUCCAAUCUCUUUACUCCAUGAGCAUGCUCAGAGGUCCAAGUGGGAACGAGUAGAUUACGACAUGAAGAAAGUGAAGGAGGGGAUGGUUGCGACGGCGAUCUUGGGCUGGAUAGACCCAAAGACGAAGGAGAAAAUCCUCGUCAGAUGUCCUCAUAGACUACCUGCUAAGGAAACUGCAAUAGAGGCAAGGUACUACGCUGCGACGGUGGCGUUGCAUAGGGUGUGCUUUAACAAGUCAUUGCACAUGGUUUUGCCCCGAGAGUUCAAAGAUACGUGGGCUUUGUUGGAGGACGAGAGGAAAGCCAUGCUGAAAGAGAAUCCAACAAAGCACAACAGACUCUAUAACAAUGAUCCUUUCAAAGUUGUCAUUGAAGAUGCCAAGUUGAAGAAGGUGAAGGAAAAGGAAGAAGAGGUUAGGCUGAACAACGAGGCAAAGACCAAGAGAGCGCCUGUGAUUCUCACGUCUGUUAAGAAGCCCUCAGGUGCAACUUCACCAAGUCCAAAGGCUCAAAAAAGACCAGCUUCAAACCCAAUUCAGAGAGAAUUCCACGUGAAAUUCCCAAGAAAGGUUUGGGACUCUGCUCUUUCAUUCAAGUUUUCCACAAAGCAACGUGAUUUGAUCCAACAAUCUCUUCGUCACCAUAUCACUUGGAAACUGGCAUCGAAGGAACAUCCAAGUUCAACCAACACCCUAUUGGAAUCGAUCGGCUUUAGAAAAUCGCAUAUCGAGGAAGCAUUGAAGUUCCAAGACCCAUUGUCUUACCUUUUGUUUAACGUCCCAGAUGACGAUUUACCUCAGUAUUUUACAGAUCCAAGCUCUCUUGACACUGUCACCGUGGCUGACAAGAACGAAAUCUUGGUUAAACGAGUAUCCGAGUUUGGUGUUUCUCGUUCUGAGGCUAUAGUAGCAUUGAAUGAUAACGAUCUUAGUCUAGAGAAGACAUUGGUAUCGUUGACUUGUAAAUAUGCUGAUCAUGUUCAGGAAAAUGGUCACAAGGACAUAGAUUCUCAAGAGAUUUGGAACGAGGAGAUUGAAAGUCUGUCAAUGAUCUACGACGAAGGUCAGAUCACGAGAUUGAAUGAUUCAUCAGUGCUUAUCAAGUUCAAUGAUAUGCUACAGGUUGCUGUAUAUAAACCAGAACAGUAUCCAUACCAAUUGGCAGGGUUGGUCAUAUCUACAAUUGAUAAGAAUCUUACGCUUCCAAACUACGUGAAGUUGAAAAUUAUCACCAAGCUCUCAGAAUACACACUGAAGAAUUUGAUUGGUGAUUCUUACAUCUUUUCAAUGGUUGACUGGCUCCAACAGAACUCUGAAGACAUCAUUGAGAACCCGGGAAAACUGUUAGAGCAUCCAAAGACAACGGUAGAGGAGAUGGACAAUUUGGAUAUAGUGUCUUCAAACACCAAGGGACGUCGUGUAUUCAGAUCAAAUCCUGAUGUGAAAUUCAUAGAGGAUGAUUAUACAAAGCGAUCAAAAUCCCAGGAGAUGGCUAGAAUGUACAAAGCUAGAUCAGCGUUGCCCGCUUGGGGCGAGAAGGAGAACCUCAUGCGUGUGAUAAACUCCCAUAGAAUCAGCUUAAUUACUGGUGAGACCGGUUCUGGUAAGUCGACACAAUUGGUGCAGUUUAUCCUUGAUGAUCUUUACUCGAAGAAGAACUUCAAGACUCAAAUCUUGUGUACACAGCCGAGAAGAAUUUCAGCAAUUGGAUUAGCUGAAAGAGUCGCCGAAGAACGUGUCACGAAAUGUGGUGAAGAAGUUGGUUAUAUCAUUAGAGGUGCUAACAAGUCGAACAAAAACACAAGAAUCAAGUUCUUGACAACUGGUAUCUUGGUGAAGUUCUUACAGAAUGGAGACGAGUUUUUAAACGAUUCCAUACUGGUUAUUGACGAAGUUCACGAGAGAUCAAUGGAAACAGAUCUCAUUAUUAUAAUGAUUAAGAGACUGUUGUCAAAGUUCAAAAACUUGAAGAUUGUUCUCAUGAGUGCCACUGUUGACACGAAGCUUUUCAAAAGCUAUUUCGCAGAGAUCGAUACAGCUCAUAUUAAAGGGCGCACAUUCCCAAUCCAGGAUUACUACUUAGAUGAUGUCCUGGAAAAGACCAAUUUCAAGAUCCAGAUCAACGACGAAUGGAUAAGUCCAAAAGCCGAUUCGAAUUUCUUCAAGUCUGGAAAGGUGAAUUACGACUUGAUUGCUGAAUUGGUGAUCAAGAUCGACCAAGACCUUGUCGAUGCAUCAAACAGAGGUUCCAUUCUUGUUUUCCUUCCGGGUGUUGCAGAGAUCAACAGCUGUAUCAGAACGAUUCAGAACAAGUUCUCCAAGGACUGUAUCAUACUACCUCUUCAUUCGGCAUUGACUCCUCAGGACCAACAUCGUGUUUUCAAUUCCUAUGGAAACAAGAGAAAAAUCAUUGUUUCAACGAACAUUGCUGAAACCUCUAUUACUAUUAAUGAUUGUGUUGUAACGAUUGAUUCUGGAAGAGUGAAGAGCAUGAACUACAGUGCAAUUGAUAACACCAGUAAGUUUGUUGAGACAUUUAUAUCCAAAGCAGAGGCUAAACAGAGAAGAGGUCGUGCUGGUCGUGUUUCUGCAGGUGUUUCAUACAAGCUAUUUACGCGUGAAACUUACGAUGAGAUGAGGGAGAGUCCAAUCCCUGAGAUGAAAAGAAUUAACUUGGACUCGUUGUACUUGGUUGUAAAGACCAUUGGGGUGAAAGACGUUAUUGGGUUCCUAAACAGUGGUAUUGAUCCACCACCACCAGAUUCCUUGGUAAAAUCAGAAGAGUUAUUGAAGUGUGCAAGACUGAUUGACGAAUAUGACGAUCUCACAGAGCUCGGUAAAUACGUAUCACUUUUACCAAUCAUUGACCCCAAACAUGGUAUCUUGCUGAUUUACUCCAUCAUCUUUGGCUGUACCGAUUUCGGGGUGCUGAUUGCAUCUAUACUAGGUGCUGGCUCUCCGUUUGUCCAUUCUCAAGAAAAUAGAGAUAAGAUUAAGGGCGUACUGUUACAGAACAAGGGAGUUGGUGACUUGAUCUCUACAGUCAUCGUUGUACAAAAGUAUUUUUCUUUGGAGACCACUGCAGAGAAGAAGAGGUACAUCCAAGACAAUUUCCUCUCCUAUACAAAGCUGACAGAGAUCAAAUCUUCUAAAGCACAAUACAUUUCGAUAUUGGAGGAUAUUGGGUUCAUACCUUUGAAGUACAGAGAAGGUCAUAAGCACUUAAACAGAAACGGUGGUAACGUGGCAGUUAUAAGAUCCAUCAUCACUGGUGCGUUUUAUCCGCAAGUUGCACGUGUGCAACUUCCAGAUCCAAAGUUCUUUAAUACGAGCAGUGGUUCUGUACAGGUCGAUCCUGACGCUAGACUGGUCAAGUUUUGGAUAAGAAACGAGGAGUACAUCUCAAAGGUGAACCAGUCAAAGAGCUCAAACACAUUAUCCAUUGACAACUUACCAGCUACGCGGUCGUUUAUCCACCCGUCUUCUGUUCUCUUCGACACCAGCAAUAAAGAGUUGUCCAAGUCUCAAAUCGAGGAGCUACAACUUGAAGAAAAGGGGUCCGAGGACUCAAAAGUCAUCUCCUCUCCAUUCGUGGUGUACAACUCCUCCGUAAUAACUUCGAAGUUAUUCCUCAAGGAUCUGACACCAACUACUACGCUCUCAACGCUGCUGUUCGGGGGUAACUUUACUUACGAUGUCUCCGCUAUAUCAGCUGGCAAGCAAUCCCCAGGAGUGGUGUUGGACUCCUGGCUGCCUAUCAAGUCGUGGUGUAAGAAUGCCGUUCUGGUCAAGGAGCUCAGAACGUUGCUGGACAAAGCCGUCAAGGACAAGCUCGAGAACCCUUCGUACGGAGAGGAUAACACGGAGAGCAGAGUCAGCGAUGAAGUCCUUGCACUCGUCGACCAGUUGCUAGCCAGUGAGCAUACAUAGAAGCAUACAUAGAAGCAUACACUGCAGCCAGAAGUGGUGAUGGAGGAUGCGCAGUUGUGUCACUAUUAACCCGGACACCAC